AUGACAGAUAUGAGAAAUAACCACUUUGAUCUAGACUGUGAUCGAAAUUCUAAUAACUCUGAGGAAUCCGAAUCCUUUGAGAAUAUUAAUGAAGGACCAGAAGUAAUUGUUUCAGAAUCUCAAGGUACCAGUGAAUUUUCUGGAAUGGGUUCAAUAAACCAUGAAAAUUAUUCGGAUCCUCUUCAAUACUCAAUAGAAUGUCAAAAAUCUUUCAUCAUAAAUGCUUCAGAUCAGUCUUCGACAAAGAAAGAUUUAAAAGUCACCAACAUUGGGCCAUGCCAUCCAAAUUAUGGGUUCGGGAAAAGAUGGUCAAAAUCGGAAGAUGUCUUGCUGAAAUCUUUAGUUGAGGAGCAUGGAGAAAAUUGGGAAAUAAUAGCCCCAAGUUUUAAGGAUAGGCUAGAACAACAGGUACAGCAGCGAUGGGCCAAAGUCUUAAAUCCAGAGCUUAUAAAAGGUCCAUGGACGCGUGACGAAGACCAAAAAGUUAUUGAACUUGUACGGAGCUUUGGACCCAAAAAGUGGACAUUGAUAGCGAGAUAUCUUAAUGGGCGUAUUGGAAAACAAUGUCGUGAAAGAUGGCACAACCAUCUCAAUCCAAAUAUCAAAAAAUCAGCAUGGACUGAAAAGGAGGACCAAAUUAUUUAUCAGGCCCACACUCAACUUGGAAAUCAAUGGGCGAAAAUAGCAAAACUCCUGCCAGGACGUACGGAUAAUGCUAUAAAAAAUCAUUGGAACUCAACAAUGCGUCGAAAAUAUGAUGCGGCGCGAACGUCCAAUAAUUCCUCUGAAAAUGACUUAAGGAGCUCAAGAACCCAUCUUAUUACUUUAAUAAAAUCUGGUGGCUUCAGUAAAGAACAAUCACAUUUUCAGCAGAAAAGAAAUACUGAAGAGUUAGCUGACAUUAAAUUGGGUUUCAACUCUGAAGAUAGUAAGAACUUAUUAAAUCCCUUGAAACAAAAAUCUAGCCUAGCUGAACCUCAUGGUAUGAUUCUAUCGAGCGUUAAUAAUUCUGCUGGAAAACUGCCACUUGCUCGCCACACUCCCAACAUAUUAAAACGUUCCCGGAUAAACAUUCCUGGUCCAGAACUUCAUACUUCGGGUGUGAACUGCAAACAUGAUAAUACACCAAUUAAACCUUUACCGUUCUCACCUAGUCAUUUUCUCAAAUCUCCAUGUCUGACAACUUUUGAAGAUAUGCAUUUUUGUGCUAGCACUCCAGUAAUUAAGUUGUGUAAUGGUGUUGGUAAAGAGAUCAAGAAAGAAAUGGGAAGCCCAUCCAUUGAAACGCCUCUUAAGGGAAAAAUUGGACCACGGACUCCAACGCCCUUUAAAAAUGCACUCGCAGCCCUACGCAAAAAAAGGCACGGUCGACGAUAUGAACCGUCUAGUCCGUCAAGUCUAGUGGAAGAUCUUGCUGAAAUUAUCAAUGAGGAACAACUGAACGAUUCACAAACUUCUCAAAAUAACAACAACGUUAAACAAAACAUAACUCAAAAUAUUUUGUUUAAUGCAGAAAAAAACUUAAGUGUACGGUCUCCACAUCUGACGCGUGCGAGGAAAUCUUUACUUUCAGCUUGGACUACAAAUCAACUUUCCAAUGUGGUAUAUAGCAAAAAAACACAACCCUUUGAAACAGAAACUCCUAGUAAAAUUCUUACAUCGCCUAGCAACUUUAUGAAAGAUCCUCUAUGUAGCGAACAGGACUUACCGUUCGAUGAAGGCAGAAAAGAAAACAGACCAUACCAUAAGCCUCGUGACUUCUCAAGUGAAAACAUCAUUGAUCCGAAAUGGGCACAAGUAGCUUGUGGAAAAACCAAAGAUCAGCUGUUUAUGGAAGAGCAAGCAUAUGCGUGUCUUAAAAAUUUUUCUUGUUUGCCACGUUCUCUGAAAUUUGAAAAGCACAAGUGUAACUAUAUUUUAAAUGAACAGUUUUUAUAAAUGUAAAAUAUUUGUAACUUUUAUUUGCAUAUAAUUUGUAUAUAAUGAAAAAUUCACUAUGCAGAUAUAAUAUUUACGAAAUUUCCAAUAAAAAAUGUAAACCCAAUUAUA